UUAGACUCGUGUUGGCUGUGUGCGCAGUCUCAGUGACAUGGGCAGAUAUCACAGGAGUUAGCCUCUCUGUUCAUAAGGUUCCCAUCAUCAUCCACAGGAAGACAGCACUUGGGGGGGGCUAAACUUGCGUUGUGGCUUCUGCGUCUGCGCACCUUGGCCCUAAUCUAGGAUUAUGGAGGCUUAUCUAAACUCGCUGUUUAUAAAGUAUGUUUUUGGUUGGAAAUUAGCUAGUCGUGGAUGGCACGACCAAGGUGACGCAUCGGCGCUGACGCUCUGAGACUUUUGCGAACAACAAACUCUGAUUAGAAAAAGGAAAGCGAACUCCAUCGGCUUAAGUGAGCGCGCGUUUUAGUGACGACACGACUUUGGGGGUUUAGCACGUGGCAGCAGUGACUUUAAUCGGUGCUAACGCAAUCCCCGUUUUUGGAAGAUUCGAAAUAGUGUCGGGUUCGUGGUUCGUCCGCCUCCCGCUGUUCCUGGACUGCUCGCCUCGACUCUGCCCUUCUUGCGACGACCAUGGUGGUGCUUCGCUGCGUGCGGUUGCAGCGGAUGUCGUAACCGAGAGGUCAAAGAGUGUAGGGUCCCGUGGCACUGGCACAGACAGGCACUCCCGCCCUCGCUCUCGUCGACCCCCGUCACCUUCAGCCGUGUCAGGCGAAGGGGAAUCGGAAACCACAGAAGUUCCCGUCGCCGCCGUCGCCUCCGCUGAAACACCUCCACCACAGGAGCCGAACGACCUUCGCCACCACCGGGACGACGACCAGUAAUUAGUGCGGGGGAGGACCGUCGUGCCCCCUCCCCCCCGCCCGCGACCUCAAGUUGACCUGGCUUCAGCGAUGGACUUUCAGAGCGCCAUGGAGACGUUUGCAGAAGCGUGGAUGGCGGCCAACACGAAGUCCCGAGCCGACUCCUCAGACCCCCAGCGGGAAGGCAGUGCUGAGCGCUCCAAUGGGCGGUCAGAGGAGGAGGUCACUUCGCGGGAACCCAACGCACAUCUGACCAAUGGGAACUCGCCAAACAGACAAUCGCCUGUCCUAUUGGCUAGAGACCCCGAAAGCAGCCCGAAGCCCUUGUCAGUCGGUAAAAACAUCCCACUUCACGUGGUGAUCGAAACCAUCCCCCUCUGCGGCGCUGGUGAAACUAGGAUAUUCGGAGGAACUGACGCAGGCCAGAGGUAA